AUGAAUCUCAAUCUACCCAUUCGGCCAUCGCCAAGUCAGAGGAACCAGAUGAGCAGGAACUAUUUCUCCGGCUACACCCCGCCGCCGUCGGCUGAAGCAGUCAAUGGCCCCGUGCGCGAGCCCGCACGCGAGCUCACCACCGUCAAUGAUCGCCUUAUAGUCGGUGUCGACUUCGGCACCACCUUCUCUGGGGUAGCUAUAGUGUACACACCGACGCCGGACGACGUCGAGAUCAUCAAGACGUGGCCGGGAGGGAAUGGCAUCACGUCGGACAAAGUCCCUACGGAGGUAUCGUACGAAUUCCCGCCGAACGCGGAUGCGGAGACCCAGCCGAACGUGAAAUGGGGAUUCCAGUUUAAGCCCGAGGAGUCGCGGCUACGAUGCAUCAAGCUCUUCCUCGAUCGGUCUCAGAAGCUUCCCUUCUACGUCAGCCCCCAGGAGACGGCCACGCAGCUUAGGAAGUAUAACAAAACAGUCGUCGACGCGGUCAGCGACUAUCUAACUGAGAUUUACAAGCACACCAUGCACACCCUCACCCGAAGAUACGGCGAGUCAUUCAUGGCCUCGACCAAUGUAGACUUUGUGCUUACCUGCCCGGCCGUGUGGUCCGACGCCGCAAAGAACACGACGCUGCAGGCUGCCGAGAGGGCCGGGAUGGGUCUCAAGUCGGAAAUCCAGAUGGUCAGCGAGCCCGAGGCCGCUGCCGUCUACACCCUCAAAGCCAUCCAGCCGAACCACCUCAACGUGGGAGACAACUUCGUCGUAUGCGACGCAGGCGGCGGGACCGUAGACUUAAUCGCGUACAAAAUCAUCUCGCUGAAGCCGUUGCGAGUAGAAGAAUCGGCCGUCGGGACGGGUGGGCUUUGCGGCAGCGCGUUCUUAAACUAUAGAUUCGAAGAACACGUCCGAAACCGCCUCGGCCAUAGCCGGUUCGAGGAGAUGAAGCUGAAGAAGGCUAAGACGUGGCAGAUGGGGCUUCGAUAUUUCGAGGAGUUCGUAAAGAGAAAUUUCAACGAAGACGAGUACCAGGAAGUUAAUGUCCCGUUCCCGGGGCUCCCCGACGACGAAGAGGCACGUCUUGACUCGGGGUUCCUCGUUAUGACCGCCGCAGAGAUUAAGGGUAUUUUCGAGCCCGUGGUGAAGGAGGUCUGCGACCUCGUCCAAGGGCAGGUGGACGGCCUCCGUGACAAGGGAGGUAUCGUGUCGGGUAUCAUAUUGGUCGGCGGCUUCGGGCAGAGCGAAUAUCUCUACCGGCGCCUCAAGUCGCACUUCACGAGCGCGGCCCCGCCCCCGUACACGGAGCGGCCGACCCACGCGAGCAGCAGCGCGACGUCGGAGAACAACAACAUCGAGGUUAUGCAACCGCUCUACGCCUGGACCGCGGUCGUCCGGGGCGCGGUGCUGCGCGGACUCGAGGGCAACAUGGUGAUCAGCAGAAAGGCGCGAAUGCACUACGGCACGUCCUACGCGACGGUGUACGACGGGGAGAAGCAUAGCGUCAGCGAGCGGUACUGGAGCCCCUUGUGGGAACGCUGGAUGGUCAGCGAUCGAAUGCAAUGGCAUAUUGCUAAAGGAGAGGCCAUAUCCCCCCUCUCACCGAUCGCGUUCCACUACACGCGCAACUUCCGGCCGGGCCAGUCGCUGGUGGUGACGGACGACCUGAUCGCGUGCGAGGCGGACGAGCCCCCCGCCGCGUACUCGCGCGACCUAGUCCACGUGUGCACGCUGACGACGGACCUGAGCGCGGUGCCGCGCAGCCUGUUCACGCGGCUGACGACGACGCGCGGCGUCGAGUUCGACAACCUCGACUUCACGCUCGAGAUGAUCGUCGACAGCGCCGGGCUCGGCUUCGAGCUGAAAGUCGACGGCGUGCGGUACGGCCGCGUCGAGGCGGAGUUCCACUGAGCGGAGACCGGGAAGACGGGAUAGCGUAGCUCUCUCUCUCUCUCUCGGCUGCCACACCGACGGUCUCGGGCGGGCCGCGCCUCUCUCUCUCUCUCUCUCUCUCUCGUUGAGAAAGAAAGCAACGGUGGGGAGGGGUCGAGGGUGAGGUUGCGUAGACGGGCGGCCGUGGCGUAAAGCGCAUUGUCCCGUCGAGGGAUGGCCAAGGGAAUGUGGUGUUGUUGGAAGCAAGACGCGGGUCGGCACUCACACUGCCUGCCGGACGGGGCACAGCGGGUGUUAUAUAUACACAUACAUGUGUGUGUUGGUUCAUCCGACAUAGGAUGCUAUCCUGGUUAGCCAGCUCAGCUUUUUGGGGGGCGCUUUGGUUGGCGGGUUGCGCCGGUACAAAGUACGGAAUGUGGUGCAGACAUUAGGUACCCUCCUCACCUACCUACCUACCUACCUACCUCCCAUAAACCGCCUACCUAUAACUAUACUAUAUACACAUAUACGGGAAUAUUCCUAUCCUGCUCAACGCUUGUGUCUCUCACCUCUAAUUCAAAAGGGCCCGCGUAACUGGGCUGACCGCGUCAGGGACUACACAUACGGGGGGAGGGGCGAGGUGGAAAGACGGGGAAGACGGGGGCCGGUACACAUAGCGACGGGUUCCUUC